UGGGGUCCAUUACCAAACUGUCUUCAGCCACUUCUCUUCAGAACCUUCAAACCAAAACUGAUCGAAUCACAUUUCUACCUUCAUCCCGGAGCAAAGCGGUUGGUCGAAUUUCUCAACUGGCGACAAAAUGCUUCCAUCAGACAUCCUCUACACUAAACUGCGAUGGUUAUUAACCAUUGCUGGACUGUUCUUGUAUGUGGGGGACAUUUGGACGGACAUCCAACUGGCAGUGAAAUAUUUUCAAGAGAGUCAUUUUGUGUGGACUGGCCUGACUCUGGUGUUUGUUCUGGCUGGGCUGCUGGUGACGCAGGUCUUCAGCCAUACCUGGUACAGGGACGACAUGACCGAUGUUCUGAUGAACGCUGAGGGAAAACCUACCAUAUGUGUCUUGUCCAAAGGUGGACUUGUUUUCCUGCACCUUUUUGGCAUGGGCAUCUUCACCAGGUAUUAUCACCUGCUGAAAAAGGGCUUCAAAGUGGUUUGGAAAUCGACACAUCCCUAUACAGUGGAUGAGAGGAGAGAUGUGCAUCACAAUUUGUUUUGCAUGGCUACAGAUCUGAGCAUGCUCAAACUGUUUGAGACUUUCCUGGAGAGCGUCCCCCAACUCCUUCUACAGCUCUACAUAGUGCUGGGCCACGGGGAGUGCUCAGUCUUGCAGUAUCUCUCUAUGGCGUUCUCCUUCUUUAACAUUGCCUGGUCCCUGGUUGACUAUCGCCGCUGCCUGCACAGAUCCCUCCCACACAUCGUGGAGAUGCCCUCUGGCCUCCCCACAGUAAUCUACCUCCUCUACAAGCUCUGCACCAUCACCAGCCACAUCCUCAGCUACACCCUCCUCCUCAUACUGAGCCCCUACAGCACAGUAGCCCUAACCGUCAUCUGGCUGCUGGGGACGACCUGGACACAUGCGCUUCAGACCAACUUCUGCUCAUCCGGAAGGCUUGAGCUUCUGUACCGAGCAGUCAUCGGGGUCAUCCUCACGUUCAGCUUUUUCAACGUCAAAGGACAGGACACCAAGGUCGCCAUGAUCAUCUACUACUUGUUCUAUACUUUCGUAAACAUUACGGCUCCUUUACUGCUGGCUUUGUUGAAGCCAGAGCUGCAGACAGACACAUUUUUUCUGACAGUCAGUGGGUUAAUCUUUGGAGGAUCAGUGCUGGGGCUGGUGUGCCUCGUGCUGUACUACCAGCUCCUGCAUCCCAGAGAGAAGAGGCGAGAGGCAGACGAGGUGGACGGCCUGGGGAAGGAAACACAGGCUUCAAGGAGAAUACACAACUUUUUACAGCCUGGAUAAUCUAUUUCUGGUUAUGGCAGUGUAGAGAACAGAGAACUACUGAACAAUUCGAUGAAGAAAAGAAGAGAGACGUCAUCUUGAUGUUGUGCUUGCUAUUCAGUAGUGCUAACAGUUAUCUUACCAUCCUCUGAGGAACAUUUGAAUAAAGUAAGUAUAUACAUUACAUUGUAUUUAUUAUAGGGCUGCACGGUGGUGUAGUGGCUAGCACUGUCGCCUCACA